ACAAAAGAUAUGAAUAAAUAAAAAAGUAUAUAAUUUUCGUAAAAGGUUUAAACAAUCCGCAGUGUUUUUGUGAUGGAGGAAAAUAGCAUGAUUUAUGGCUUGGAGUUGCAGGCGCGUGCUCUCACCCCACAAUAUGGGGAGAGCAAUGAUGUGUGCUUCUUCAUUGCCACAAAUUCAUUGAAGCCAACUAAUCAGUUGCAUUUACUCCAAUAUGACGAGGAGCAGGCAACAAUACAAUCCAAGAUAUUUGAGCAUGCUCUGGGUGAAGUCUGGAAACUCAACAGUUGUCCCCACGACGCGAGGUUGCUGGCAUCUGUAUACAAUGUUCAGAAAGGAGCUCAGGUGUUGUCUCAGGCAGCUCUAUUGACUUUGCCUGUGGACGAUCCCACAGCUGCCGCCAACGAACCAGUUAAAAGCGAAUACAUUCCCUGGGCCCAGGUUGAGGUCUUGGACACAGCCAGUUUGGGUGAUCGCGUGAAAACAAUUGAAUUUCAUCCUAGUCAAGACCAGACGAUAGCUUGUGUUGUUGGCAACAAAUUGGCCGUCAUGCAACGAGCUGAAGCGUCAACUCGUGUUGUGGCCGAAGCCAGCAGCAGCAGCUCAAGCGGAGCAAAGAACCUGUCACCAUUUACAACUGGCAAAUGGUCGCACCAUCAUCAGGGUCAUCAGUUCCUGCUGCUACACGACACCAGCGUCAAAUCCUACGAUGUUCGAGAUACACAGCAUUGCGCUUGGAGCAUAGAUGAUGCACAUGGUCAGCUGGUGCGCGAUCUGGACUGUAAUCCAAACAAACAGUGUCAUCUGGUCACCGGCGGUGACGAUGGUUGUCUGAAAGUCUGGGACUGUCGCAUGGUAAAGUCGCCGGUCUUUGAACGCAGUGAUCAUUCCCAUUGGGUGUGGUCUGUGCGGUUCAACACAUUCCACGAUCAACUGAUAUUGUCCAGCUCAAGUGAUUGCAAGGUUCUGCUGACCUGUGCAGGAUCCGUCAGCUCAGAAGCCUUGUCAACUGAUCCCAGCGAUGGAAUUUCAUCCGUUCCACAGGAACGACAUAAAGUGCUUUCAGAUGGAUUGCUGCAAUCAUUCGAUCAGCACGAGGACUCUGUUUACUGUGCUGAAUGGAGUAAUGUGGAUCCGUGGAUCUUUGCGUCCUUAAGCUAUGAUGGAAGAGUUAUAAUCUCAAAGGUACCAAAGCAGUACAAGUACCAAAUUAUUUUCUAAACUAUAAGUAUGUAAUUUACUAAUAAUUAAAUAUAAAUAUUUACAUAGGCUUCUAAUUUAA